AUGGUGAGUAUGAUGAGAACAUGUCCUGCAUUUCUAAAGACUGUGUUAAAGUGUAAAAUUUCCAAUUGUCAAUGUGAACAAUUUAGUGCCAGUUCAUUAUCCGUACGUUCUUGUGAUGAAUGUAAACAUAGUUAUGUUAGUCAUGUAUCAAGUCAACAUAUAUUUGAAAUUGCUACAUUAUGUCUCUAUGGUUGUACAACAGUUACACCACUUAUUAAGAUAUUACUCGAUCGAUUAUUUGAAGAAAUACACGACAGUGAAAAAGACCAAAUAUUAAAAAGUUUAAAAUGGACAAUUGAUGAUUAUAAUAAGUCGUACGUUGAACAAAGUUUUUCUACCUAUGACAGUAUAUCAUUCCAUCUUGUUAUGACAUCACCCGAAGAAGAAGAACAAUUUUUGAUUCCACAAUUUUUACGCUUUGACCCUACUCGACUAUUAGCACAAUAUUUUCUUCAAAUUGCACAUCAUCAGCGGCGAGCGGGUAGUGAGCCAUCUCCACCACAACUGAGUCCCAGCCCGCACUCAUCAUCGCCGCCGCCGCCGCCACCACCAAUUAAACAAGAGGCUAAAAAUCAUAUAUCACCAUUUCCAACAGUUCCUCUCGCAACAACAACACCGGCAGCUCCUCCAUUGAUUCGUCCACCGUUUCCAUUUCCAACAACAAUGCCAUGGUUUCCAACACAAGCACACGUUCCACCUGGUGCAAAUUCAACAUGUGCUACACCAGCAGAUUUUCGUUGCCCUCAACCAGUCGAUUUACAAUUUUUAAAUUUAUUAAUUGCACAUUUUUCCACACCAUUAAUGAUGAAUUAUGAUUUUAGACGAAUUGGAAAUAAUUUACAGCCAUCAACAAAUGAACAAAAUCAUAAUGAAAGAAAAUCAAAUGGAAACAAUACAAAUACGAAUGGAUCAUCAACAAAUGGAAAUUCAACGAAACAACAACAUAAUGAUGAAAACAGUAAUAUUGAUGACAAUAAUAUCAAAAAACAACAACAUUCAUCGUUAACUUGCCAAAAUCAAAAUUCGUCAAAAACGAUCAGCUCCAAAAAUGUUGUACGUCAACGUCACUCAACAAAACGUAAACGAAUCAGUCAAGAUGAUGUUCUAAAUUUAUCAUCAAAAGCUUCGCCAUCGCAAUCUUCGCCGUCUUGUGAACAGCAACAAGAACAGCCAUUACCAUUAAUCAACACAUCAUCGUCACGUUUAUCCAACAGUUCACUCUCAUCAACAUCGUCAACAACUCCAGGCCUUAAGGCUAGUAGCACGACCAAUAGCCAUAAUCAUCAACGAAUACGUUGUUCACUAAGUGAACAACGUAUUCUUGUUAGCCCACAUGGGAAAAAACGUGUGCAGUGUCAUGUAUGUAUGAAAACAUUUUGUGAUAAAGGUGCGCUGAAAAUACAUUUUAGUGCUGUACAUUUACGUGAAAUGCAUAAAUGUACAACACAGGGUUGUACCAUGAUGUUUUCAUCAAGACGUUCUCGUAAUCGACAUUCAGCAAAUCCAAAUCCAAAACUACACAUGCCACGACCAAAUGCCAUUUCACAUCGAUAUCAAACAACAGGACCGAUUAUUAGCGAUGGACAGCAAUCGCAAGCCGGAAUCUAUUUAGCUCAAGCUGAACGAACAAAUCGAGGUGGUGGUGGAGGUGAUAGUUCUUAUUCAGUUACAGAAAGUAUGACACACGAUGAUGACGAUGAUUCACUGCAAGUAGAAGAAGAAGAAUCAUUUUAUGAUGAUAAUAACAACCACCAACACCAUUUCGCGACUGCCGACGAAGAAGAUAGUCGAAGCAGUUCAACAACCGAUCAUCACCGAUUAAUUAAAGU